AUGUUUUUGAUAUUUAAUUUUACUUCUAAAUAUGGUUAUAUUGAGUUUUACAAUUGUUCAAUUGAUUCUUCAAAACAGAACAGAGAAGAAGAAAAACAAGAGUAUAAGCAUAGUUCAAAAAAAUUUUUGAAAAAAUAA